CAAAUGCAAGCGGAUUGAGCCUUCACAGUGUCCCGUUGGUCAUCCGAAUUCCAAAUUCGGCAGUUGCAAUCUACUGCUUUCGUUCUUCGUGGGCUACUCCCAAUCCAUCCGCCAUGGCUCUUCUUCCCUCCAACCUCGCUCUCGGAUGCCCUAAUUCAACACUCUUCUCUGCAGCUCCAAGGCUUUCUUCUCUUCGUCUUCCACCAUUCCGAGUCUCAUGCGCCAAACGGACCGGCAAGAAGAGGUAUCCAUCGGAAAAGAAGAAGCUCAAAUUGAAACAUAAAGAAGUUCUAACGACCGUCGAGAACAAGUUCGAAGGCAUUUGGAGGUUGUUCAAGCUCGGAGUUCCCGUGGAGAAGGAUCCUGGCAAGGAUUUUCAUGGCCUCUCGGAUGCUUUGAUGCAAGAGAUUGCUAAAGUUCUCGAGUUCCCGGUCGCUUCGUUGCUGCCACGGGAAGCUUUCUCAGUUAUUCGUAAAUCAUUUGACGCUAGAAAGAUGUUGAAGGAACCAAAGUUUGUUUAUACUGUGGAUAUGGAUGUACAUAAGCUACUGAUUCUGGAACCUCGUGCUCGGGAUUUCAUUUCGGACUUGGAGCCUAAAGUUGGAUUGAUGGAACAUUUUGCAAAAGAAAAGGUAUCUAAUGAUGUAAUCAGUAUCGUUCAUGACCUCAAGAGUAAUCAGGAAGUGGUUAGAGCAAAUGGACUUAACGGUCACUCUGGUCCUUACUUGCGCAUGUCAAAUGGUAAGCCAAAAAUUGCUGUUGUUGGCAGUGGGCCAUCUGGCCUUUUUGCCUCUCUUGUCCUUGCAGAGUUUGGGGCCGAUGUUACUUUGAUUGAAAGAGGUCAACCAGUGGAACAAAGAGGGCGUGAUAUUGGUGCAUUGGUAGCUCGUCGGAUUCUGGAGCUGGAUAGCAAUUUUUGCUUUGGGGAGGGUGGUGCAGGUACCUGGAGUGAUGGGAAGCUGGUCACUAGAAUUGGUAGAAACAGUGGCAGCGUGCAAGCGGUUAUGAAAUCUUUAGUUUAUUUUGGGGCCCCAAAGAAUAUCUUACUCAACGGAAAGCCUCACCUUGGAACAGACAGGUUGAUUCCAUUACUUAGGAACAUUCGGCAGCACUUAAAAACGUUGGGUGUCAAUAUCAAGUUUGGGACCAGGGUUGAUGAUCUAAUUGAAGAGAGUGGACAUGUAGUGGGUAUUAAAGUUUCUGAUUCAAGAGACAAGUUAAAGCUCAGCAACCAGAAGCUGGAAUUUGAUGCCAUUGUUCUAGCUGUUGGCCAUUCUGCACGUGAUGUAUAUCAAAUGCUUAUAUCUCAUAACAUUCCCAUGGUUCCCAAGGAGUUUGCCGUUGGUUUACGGAUUGAGCAUCCUCAAGAAUUAAUAAACAGCAUACAGUAUUCUGGAUUGGCCAAUGAGGUAGAGAAAGGACGUGGAAAAGUACCCGUGGCAGAUUACAAAGUUGCCAAGUAUGUUAACAUACACACAGAUAAUCCAUCCUCCAAUUCUCUUGCACCAAGUCGCAGUUGCUAUUCAUUUUGCAUGUGUCCUGGUGGCCAGGUUGUCCUCACAAGUACAAACCCCGGAGAACUUUGUAUCAAUGGCAUGUCAUUCUCUAGACGUUCAUCAAAAUGGGCAAAUGCUGCCCUUGUUGUCACUGUUUCAACUAAGGACUUUAAUGAUCUUGGUUUCCACGGACCUCUUGCCGGGGUUGAAUUCCAGAGAGAGCUUGAGCAAAGAGCAGCCGUAAUGGGAGGUGGAAAUUUUGUUUUGCCUGUGCAGACAGCUACUGAUUUUAUGGACAGAAGAUUAAGAGUGACAUCUAUGCCGCCAUCAAGUUACCGGUUAGGAGUGAAGGCCUCAAAUCUCCAUGAUUUAUUCCCUGAUCAUAUAACAGAAGCUUUACAACAAUCUAUCCUAGCAUUUGAUCAAGAGUUACCAGGUUUUCUCUCAAGUGAUGCCCUUCUACAUGGAGUGGAGACGAGAACAAGUUCCCCUAUUCAAAUCCCACGCAACCCUGAGACUUAUGAAAGCACAUCUCUUAGAGGACUCUACCCGGUUGGUGAAGGAGCAGGCUAUGCAGGAGGAAUUGUAAGUGCAGCAGUCGAUGGCAUGUAUGCAGGUUUUGCGGUAGCCAAGAGUUUCAAUCUUUUCCAUGGUGAUCUUGAGACGGUUUUGGGUAAAGCUCAAAGUUCUGGGUCCAUAAUGUAUUAGAGCUUAUCUGGUUCUCUUGCCAAUGAUAUAAAGAGCCUGUUACUACCAAAUCUGGUGGAUCUCUGCAUGUCAAUUCCGGCAAGGCCAUCUAAAUCAACCAGGUUCCACCUUCAACUUAAGCAUAAAGCUGUACUUUUGACCUCCAAAAGGAGCAUUGAAUUCCCAUGUCGUUGUCCAAACAAGAUUUUGCAUCGAGUUGCUCGAUUGGAGGUGGAGAGUCGUAAAUAUGUGACAAUUAAAUAAGCUGCUUGGGACGUUUACCAUGGUGAUUCAGACUGAUUUCAAGCAGACUCACUUGAUCCAGCAGAAGAGCUGACGGCUCCACUCCAAUACUUUAUACAUACUCUCAACAGAGUUGCUUUUGGAUCCUAUGAAACAAUCAACAGUUGCCGAUUCUGCAUAUAAUUAUCGGUAUGUAUUAAUUUACAUAUUGUUGUAUUACAAUAAAAAGAUUAUGCCAAUAAUAUUUGCAAUAGGAUUUUAUCUUGAAUGAAACUUUACUCUUUAUUGAGAGAACCAGAACCUAGUUUAUAUUAAAAAAACCAACUUUCAUUAAGACAUGUGAAAGUUAGAAGUAGAAGAGGUAUAGGAAAACAUCAGUCUUAGAGCCAUGUUUAUGAGGUUAAAUUAUAAAAAAUACUCCUAUAAGUGGAGUUGGUUUUAAU